AUGUCCCAGAUUUCACCUCAACAUUCUGAUGAAAGUACUCUGUAUUUCACAGGUAAAGAGGAUUAUGCUCAACAAGCAAGAACAAAACUUCACCUUUCUGCAGGACAUCAGCACGAGGCUGGAAAGGAGAAGGGAGCUUGGAGUGGAAGACUAGGGACGGAGUCUCUAGUUGCGCCAAAAGGAAAAAACCUUGCCAAGAAGAGAGAGUACACUAGGUCCUGUUCACCAAAGCCCGGAGCCCAAAGGUGUCCCCGCGCCCCAAAAGCUUUCCACCACGACGACGACGCCCGCGAACUGAUGACACAAGCAGGUUCCCAGGGCCUGGCCCCGCCCCUGGGGACCCGGAAGCGGGAGGCUCGGGCUGGCGGAGCAGAAGGUUCCGGAGGAGGGAGGCGGCGGCCAGGGCUUGUUUGGCCGCGCGCUCCGCCCCUCGGCGGCGGCCGGCCUCUAGCGCGCCCCUGCUGCGCCUGCGGGUCGUUGUCCCCGCGGCCGCCUCUCCCACCCGCGUUCGGCCACCUCCGCCGCCCGAGCCUGAACUGGAGCGGAGAACCGCCUAGGGCAGCAAGGAAAGGGACGUGGGGGCGGCCACGUCAGAUUAUUGUAGAUGAUGAUGACAGUAAGAUAUGGUCACUCUAUGAUGCGGGCCCCAGAAGUAUCAGGUGUCCCCUCAUAUUUCUUCCACCUGUCAGCGGAACUGCAGAUGUGUUUUUCCAGCAGAUUUUGGCUUUGACUGGAUGGGGUUACCGGGUUAUAGCCUUGCAGUAUCCAGUUUAUUGGGACCAUCUUGAAUUCUGUGAUGGAUUCAGAAAACUUUUAGACCAUUUACAAUUGGAUAAAGUUCAUCUGUUUGGGGCUUCUCUGGGAGGCUUUUUGGCUCAGAAAUUUGCUGAGUACACUCACAAAUCUCCUAGAGUCCAUUCCCUCAUCCUCUGCAAUUCCUUCAGCGACACCUCUAUCUUCAACCAGACAUGGACUGCAAACAG